UUGCCUUGGACGGUCACGGUGCUUCGCUGUCAGUCAGUCCGGUAUCCACCUCGCGCCGCGUGUUUGUUCUUGCUUUCCCGAAACCUAGAUUGUGAUUCUGUUCGAGUGUUUUUGGCAUUGUGUUCGCAGCGAACCCAGGAUUAUCGUGUUGUUCUCGACCGGCUUCGCACUUGUUGUGUGUCAGUGGUGUUAUACGCGUCUCUCCGGGUCUUGAUAUUCGUGCGUGCUGUCGCGAGAGAACGUAAAUCUCCAGCGACUGUGAUAAAUUUCGGGUUCAGUGCGCGUCCUGUUGUUUUGAUUCGAGUGUCAAUCAAGUUUUCAAAAUUUUUCCUCACGAUCUCAUCCGUGUUCCAUCUAUAGCCCUGGAGUCCAAAGGAAGCUUAACCCUGGAGUUGUGUCAAAAAAGGUAAUCUGGUGCUAAAAAUGACGCUCGUGAUUCGGGAGGACUUAUUCAGGAGAAAGGUCGACAUCCGAGAUGCGGAAGCGAAAGAACCGAAGGACCUGACGUCCUCAAGACAGAUAAUGCCCAAUGCAACUAUUAAGAAAAGCAAUUCUCCGGCGACGUCGCCGACCAUGUCCAACUCGUCGUCACCGACGCCGACCCCGACGCCAACGACGCCGCUCUACAACCACAAAAUCGCCGGCAUCCCCUGCGUCGCCGCCGCCUCCAGAUACACAGCCCCCGUCCACAUAGACGUCGGCGGCACCAUCUACACUUCCUCACUCGAGACACUCACAAAAUACCCGGACUCGCGGCUAGCGAAGCUGUUCAACGGCAGCAUCCCGAUCGUGUUAGACUCGCUGAAACAACACUAUUUCAUCGACAGAGAUGGAGGCAUGUUCCGGCAUAUCCUCAACUUCAUGCGCAAUUCCCGCCUUCUUAUUCCGCAGGACUUCCCAGACCUUGAUCUCCUUCUAGAAGAAGCUAAAUAUUUUGAUAUUGCACCGAUGUGCCGACAACUGGAGCAGAUGAAAAAAGAGCGGCUGAAGGCGGCGGCGACGGCUCGGCAGGCCGGAAACGGAAGCGGGAACGGGAACGGGGGUGGCGACGUGGAAAACCACCGGAAAAACGCCGGCCCAGCCUCCUACGAGUGCGUCGCCCUCCACAUCUCGCCCGACCUCGGCGAGAGGAUCAUGCUCUCCGGUGACCGGACACUCCUCGAUGAGGUAUUUCCGGAGACGAAUCAAGCGCUGAUGGACGCCCGCUCGAGCGUGACGUGGAACCAGCAUGACGCACGGCACGUGAUCCGGUUCCCCCUGAACGGGUACUGCAAGCUCAACUCGGUGCAGGCCAUCACGCGGCUCCUCAACGCCGGCUUCCAGGUCGCCGCCAGCAACGGCGGCGGCGUCGAGGGACAGGAGUUCUCCGAGUACCUCUUCAUGCGCAAGGUCCUCCCGGUAUGAUACCGAGGGCGAGUCCACCCCCACAGCCGCCCCA